GGCGCGCUGCGGCUCUUGUUUUUGUGACGUUAGCCGUUAGCCUGGAAGCUAAUUGUUUGUAACAUUCAGUCGACGUGACUCACCCGUCCCAUUAAAAGAAACAUUUGCGCGGAGCUAUGUUGUUUAACCGUAUGCCUUGAUAAAAUGAGUCGGUGUAACAGUACGCUGGCGGUGAGAUAACAUGGCGUCCGCGGGGAAAUAGAGCUUACGUUGGCCGGAUGCUGUAGUAACGUUAGUUAGCUUGGCCGACGACUGCCUUCUUCUCUGUUUGUCAUAUUUGUGUUAGUGUCGUGAGGAGACUGUGGCUCAACUUCCGUGUAACUGUGGUGCGUCUCUUACUGAGCAGACAGACCGAGAGGCUACAAUGGUACUGAGUCAGAUGGAUGCUGGUAAAGCUCUGACGGCGGCAGCAGCCAAAGGGAACAGCAGUGAGGUGCAGAGGAUCCUGGAGGAAUGCAGAGUGCAUCCCGAUACUCCCAAUGAAUUUGGCAGGACUGCGCUACAGGUAAUGAUGAUGGGGAACUCCAAGAUCGCCACUUUGUUGUUGGAGAAAGGAGCAGACCCCAGUGUCCAGGACAAACAAGGCAUAGCGCCUGUCCACGACGCAGCUCGAACAGGAUUCCUGGACACUUUGCAGGUUCUGGUGGAGUAUGGUGCUUCAGUAAACAUCUCUGACCAGAGCGGUGCCCUGCCUAUCCACAUUGCCAUCCGGGAAGGCCAUCGGGAUGUUGUGAAGUUCUUGGCACCACGGUCUGACUUGAAGCACACCAACAUCAGCGGUCAGACCGCGAUAGACGUGGCCCGAGCUUCAGGGAUGCCAGAUAUGAUUGACUUACUUUUUGCUCACAUUCACAGUUAGUCAAAAUUCUUCUGGGUAAAACUAACCCAUUACCUUUGUAUUUGCUUCAAACCUGGUGACUUGAAUUCAUUGCUGUGUAAAGGAUUAUUUUUUGUUAACAGUGGCUCAGCAUUAAUAUGUGACAGGACACAUUGUCUUGGCAGCUUAUUUUCAGUGGAUGGGUGGCUAUAUACUGUAGACACCUCUUUUGCACAGUGCAAUUUAAGCACCUUAUAUAUACCUAUGUUUUCCCUAUUAAUUGGGAGUGCACAUUUGUAGAUAGUUUCCCCCAAGUGUUUUCUAAUUAUUGCAUUAUUUUUGUUGUGUAAGAAUUUUAACAGUUGAUACAUUUUCUUUUUUAAAUUUAAACUUGACAUUGUGCACUCUGAUUGCUUUGCAUAGUUGUUUCUCUUGAUUAUGUCCUUAGAAUUUAAAUUUACUCUUAUUUAUUGUUGGAAUAGGACUGAAUAUUCCUGUGACUUUGUAAAUAGCAAAUUGUGAUUUCUUGAAAUGUUAUUUAUAUAAAUACUUACUAAAGUAAAAUUAAAGUGAGCUUAUUCACUUUAUUAUUUGAAGAAGAAAGCACACAAUAAAGUGUUGUACUUGAA